AUGAAGGACCUGUACGACGAGGAGAGCACGAAAGUGAUGUUUUUCAUAGGAAAACCCGUACGUUGUUUCUCUUGUGCACACUUGGAGUUUUGUCGGAGAUGUUUCCGCUCACUGGAAGAAGAAGAACUGCUAGCUAUUGAAGAAGGUCGCUACCAUGAUGUGAUCGUAACUGAAAUUGAAGAGGACUAUUAUUCACUAUCCAUAAAAACCUAUGCCAUGUUACUGUACAAAGAUACAAGAUUUCGAAGCGCAAAAUGUAUGGUAAAAGCCGAUUCGGACAAUGUAUUGAUCGUUCGGAACUACGAGAUUCUCUGCGAUGAAACAAGUAUGGUUCGUUAUGGUUGCUUUAGUGAAGCAACUCCUUGA